CGAAAAAAAAUUAAAAAUUUUUUUUAUCAAAAACUAUAAGUCCGGGAACUGAAAGCUUUGUUGAGACGUAUACUUCGAAGUGUCCUCCACAAACUGCUGGAAAAAAACGGGUGGGGGGACCCCCCUCUUAAAAUCCUUAUAUCUCGAUCAAAUCUCAUGUUGACUCAAGGAAAGCCUUAAAAGGUGCCAUAUAUUGUUGACCACGCCGAAAAAGUGAUCCAGCAGAACACUGAUGCUCAGAGGUUUUUCAGAAGGUUUCUGGAAAACCUUAAGCCAAUGCCCAGCUCACAUUCACCUUUUCGGUCUUCGAUUAUGUUUUAUGAGCUGUCCUGAGCCUUUCCUGAAAAUUUCCUUGAGUCAGCAUGAGAUCUGAUCGAGAUAUAAGGAUUUUAAUUUUUGCUAGUAAGAGGCGAAAAACCGGUUUUUCACAACAAUGCCUCUGGCGAAGUUAUAUUCAUUUCUACACAAAAACAAAUGUUACUACUAUGCUCAGCGUAGUCGAUUACCUAUAGUCCAUGGCAUUUUGAGCUUCCCAGAGAUGUCUGCUCGGAGAUAGACACGUGCUCGGGGAAAGCGAGCCCUGCCAGAACGACGAUAGCUAGAGAGCCGGAACCUGCAUAAUUUUGUAGACUAACGUCCGAACUAUCUACGCAUACAAAAAAGUUACUAACAUUGUAUGUUUGUUUUCUGAGAACGGAGCUGAUUUUCCAAAGUUCCUCUGAAAAUCCGAUCUCUGGAAUUUUUUUAAAAGUUGCUUCCGCUUGAAAAGUUCUGCUCAAGUCUUGGCUAUUUAACAGCGAAAAUCGCAGGUCUCUAUCUCAUUCCUAUCAAAAGUUAUUCAAAAAAUGUCGAUGGGUCUUGUAUUUUGAGAUGGAUAGUGGUUCCGAAUCGGAUUGUUCGAGAUCUUGUUCAAGAGUAUAGGGCUCAACGUCAAACGGUGGAACAAAUAGACGCAUAUUGCAUACCGGAAUACAGUGCUUUUUCUCCAAAGAGUUUGUUAAUGUAAUAUCCAGGUCGCAGAAUUGAGGUGCUUAUUUUGAUCAUAUCUACUAAAUUUUCGAAAAAUUUCGGAGGAUAAAAGCGUUAGUUUUUCAUAUACAUCGCUUUUUUGGCAGUUAGCCUCAUUUAAAAAUCAGUUUAACUUUGUAGACACACAACAGAAAUAUAAAUGGGAAUGACUGAGUAUGAGAAAAUUUAGAGUCUUCUUUAUUUAAUAAAUGUUCUUUAGAUUAACAUUUAUUGUUGAUCAUCAAGAACUACCACGUAUUGAAUUAAUACCGUUAUAUGAUACAUUUUGCCAAUCCUGA